GCCUGCCUGCAUGGUGUAUCUGCACACGCCCGAGACAGUUGAGCAUACCAUCAGGUCCUGAUUUCUGGGACAAGGGGUAUUGAAGCUCCCUUGUGCCAAGUAUCAAUGUUAUUUCUACGCAAUAGCUAUCGGUAUGGUUCAUCUGUCUCAACUGGUCUAGCAAACACAGUGUACCCCGCACCGCCUCCUUUCAAAGAUAUUUCCACCUCCUGCAGGCAGCCGCACCUCACGAAAUGAUUUGAUCGAUCUCCAUAAAUAUCCUUGCCGUAAUUCCCCGCUGUUUUUCUUUACCAAACGGACUUCUUCACCCGUAACACUCCGCAGAUUGUCCAAGUUUCCGACCUUUCUGACCCCAAAUACUUAUCCUCACGUCUUUCAAUUCUGUCCCAGCUGUGGUACCUCGCGGCGUCUCUCCCUCUGGAGACCAGAUUAAGUCAGCUUGAUAUCUUCAACAUCGAUAACUCCCAUCCAAAGCCACAAAAGCAAGCAGCCCAUCCUGUUGCCACGGAACAACUCAUUCCAUCUGCCAAAUCAAGCCGCCACCCCAAAAACAGUCUAUCACCAGUCGAAAACUUCCCAGCAACAUGUCUGACAAUCUUUCCAUCGCCACUAUGGAGACUACACUCUCAGUCCCAGUUGAGAGAGGAGCCUUCUCGCUCUUCCCCAAGCUGCCGAUUGAGCUUCGAAGAAUGAUCUGGUGGUCAAGCUGUGCCCUCAACCUGCCACGACUAAUCAACAUCUCUAAAGUAUGGUUAUUAAACAAUUGGAGUAGGCUCGUUGCCCGUUACGUGAUUCCAAGCCAACUUCGAAUCAACCAGGAGAGUCGCCAGUGUGCACAAAGAUAUUACGAUUACGCCUUUGGCCCUCAAAUGAACGGAAGACAGAUCCACUUCAACUUUGACAUCGAUGCUCUCGUCUUUGAUAAGUAUCCGACUUUACUUCAGUUCAUAGGAACCUGCCAUGUUGAGGGUAGAUACUUUCUACCAGCUUUGUUGCCCGUACACAAGAAAGUUUUGGCUAUUGCCGUGUGUCAACGCAGCUUUUGCGGUCUCCCUUGUCGCGGCCAAGACCUUGAAGCUCUUGGCAACCCUGAUUACUUGCAGAUGAUUACAUCGAAGGUCGCGCCAGCUAACUCGAAGGCAAUGGAGGAGCAAAAAUGGCGAGACCGUUGGGAGCGACAGUAUUCGAACGGUUUAAAUGGUUACUUCGGUCCAACCGUAAAGUGUUCCACCAUCAAGCAGUUCCAAACCAAGCUCAACAUCCUCCAUAAUCCAAAGCUUGGCCCCAAACCCAAACCUAAGCCUGUUGUCGCGCCAAAACGUCGAUCUGCACGUCUCCAAGGAAGGGCCUCCUCCACGUGAAGACAUCGGAGCAAGUAAGCACAGCAUGGAGGUACUGGGCAUACUUUUAUGGAGGACACAAUGUUUUCUGAGGGCCAGAAUGAGUCUUGAAAAUUCAAUUUAGCUGGUCCAACAUCGGAAUCGUGGAGAGCACAAACGAAGGCAGUGGUAGUCUGUACUUUACGCCAGUACUGGGUUGAGGCCAUGGAGAAGGGUGGAACUACAAAAGUGUGAUGCUCAUCCUUGUUUUGGACGGGGAAUCAGAGACUGGAUAUGCAGGCUUUGUAAAUUAGUCAACGGUCAAUAACAUUCCAG